UUGGCCGAUGUCUUGCGCGGGUACUACAAGAUCAAUGUGACGGGCUAUCAGGAGAUACGGGCGAGGCUCAGAGAGGACCAUGCGGUCAAUAUUGGGUACGCACAUGGUGUACUGCAUUAUCUGCGCACACUUGGCCUAAGUGUCCGCAAGUGCCAGUUACCUGAGACAGAGCAGACACAGCUCGUCGUCGACGAAAUGGAGCGUGAUCCUGCGAAUGCAAACGGGCCCCGCUGGGUGAAGGCGACGCUCGGUCUCAAGGGCAUACAUAUCCCGCGGUCGACGGUAGAUCGCGUCAUGCAUGCCUACGCACCGCAAGGGUUCGUAGAUCGCCACCCACUCUCAUGCCGCAAGACGCUUGUUCGAACACCACUGACCUCUGUCGGCCCAGACGAGGAAUGGUCGAUUGACGGUCACGACAAGCUUGCUCACGCGGGCUUUGGUAUCUACGGCAUUGUUGACAAAUGGGGUGGCGGGAAGCUGCAGUUCAACGUGCUCCCAUCCAACCGUAAGGCGAAGGCUUGUCUAGUGGUAUUCCUUCGUUGUGCGAAGGAGCGAGGUGGUGUUCCUGUUCAGGUUACGAGUGACCACGGUUCGGAGACUGGGGAUAUAUUUGCCCAUCAGAAGGCAUUACGCCAGAAGUAUGCGCCGGAGCUUGACUCCAAUGUGAUCCUGGCUUACCGGUAUACAUCGAGCCCACGGAACAUCACAGUUGAGCGACAAUGGCGCCCCCUGUUCCAGAAGUGGGGGACAAAUGUCCUCGCUGUGUAUGAUGCUGGUCGCUACAGUGCAGACUUCGAUGCGGGUAACUACAUGCACGGGCAACUUGCUAACUGGAUCUGGUUCCCACUUGUCCAGCGUGAACUUGAUGCUUGGUGCAACAGGGAAAAUGGGCAGUAUAUCCGUCGUCAGCCAGAUAAACUGCUGCCAUCGGGUGCGAAGCGUUCAGACUUCUAUCGCACACCUGUAAAGUGGGGUGGUAAGCCUUGCCUUGUUCCUGUUCCUCAGGCUGAGUUGGAGAGACUGUUGAGGAAGGCUGAGAAGGAGGCUGAGAAGGAUAUGGAGUAUGUAGAUGAAGAGUACCAGGCCUUGGCUGAGGAAGUAUAUGCAACAAUUGGUAAACCAGAGAUAACUUUAGAUACAGCUUGGAUAGUCUUUAGGCAGAUGAUUGCUGCUGCUGAGGCAGAAGCUUGA